AUGGGCCUGGAGCUGGUUUCGAAGAAGAGUUGGAAGUCACACUUGCAACACACUUGCAUCCCGGCAUCUGCUCGGAAUUGGAUAUGGCGGCUCUUCUUCAUUGCCCCGCCGCUCGCAGUCUUCUUGAUGUCGUUUCCAUUCACAAUCAUGCGGGUGCAGGGCGCUUCUAUGGCCCCCUUUUUCAAUAUCAACUCUGCUCCCGACCUCCCACCAACAGCACCAGAUAUCAUUCUCGUGAAAAAGAUCAAAGGCAUUAAAGCCUUGUCAAAUUUGACGGGGUAUCGGCUUGACCGACUGAGACUUGAGAGGGGCCAGAUCGUUGUCUUUUACGCGCCUCACGACCCCACGAAGUUAGCCGUCAAGCGAGUCAUCGGCAUCCCUGGAGACAGAAUCAAACCUCUCCCCGGAUACCCCGGUGGCGACGACCCUGUCAUAAUACCGUACAAUCACGUCUGGGUUGAAGGUGACGCAAACAGCAGGGAAAGAUCCAUGGACUCAAAUUACUUUGGUCCCAUAAGUCAGAACAUGGUGUUUGGAUUGGUCAUCGCAGUCCUCACACCAUGGACCUCCCCAGUCGCUGUGAACUGGGACGAACACGAUUACCCAGCCAAAACUAGUGGGAGGCUGGAAAAGGAUGUUGUCCAGCAGGCCAAGUUGGAUCCGGAUGAGGAGGCUUCUCAAAAGGAUAAUCCUUUUGCGGAUGGACGAGCUGCGAUUGAAUUGGCCAUGAUGCGAAAGAACCGAGACCAGCUGGUUACAAUGAUGAGAGACCGGUCAAAAUUCAACCGGUUGAAGGGCAUAUACGAGCGAGCACAGACGGAGCUACGCAGGGGUAACAAGGAGUCGAGAGAGGUCGCGAGCGAGUUGGUCGAGGAGUUGCAGGUUCUCUUUGAGAGUGUGGGCUUAAACAAGGAUGGAAGCCCGAUCCCUCCGGCAAUGGGGAGCUUGGGGCAGGGCGGAGAAAAUGAGCAGCAGGAUUUGGAAAGACAGAAAAGAUUGAAGGUUUACCUGGCAAGGCAACACCAGCAUUCGAACGAAGGCAUCGAAUCUUAG